GGCAGCCGCUGGGCUGCGCCGGCAAUCGGUGCGUUGCCCCUUUAACUGUGUCCCCGGCCCUCGGGCGUCUCUGUCCAACGCCCACGUCAGCAAAUACCUUUUGUUUCUCUCCCGUUCGGGCUCUCGGGGCUGCGGGACCGGCGCGUCGCCUCCAGCCACCGCCAGCCCCGACGCGGGGCCGGGGACCCCGCACCCACCGCCCGCUCCCCUCGGCUCAGCGGCAGCCGCCCGCAGGACCCGCCCGAGCAAGCCUUUGGCUCCCCGCGGGCAUGGAGAUUUCCUCCCAUCAGUUUCACCUCUUGGAGCAGCUGAACGAACAGCGGAAGCAGGACUUGUUCUGUGACUGUGAUAUCCUGGUGGAGGGGAAGGUCUUCAAAGCACAUCGCAAUGUGCUCUUUGCCAGCAGCGGCUAUUUCAAGAUGCUGCUCUCCCAGAGCUCGAAGGAGACGAGCCAGCCGACUGUAGCCACAUUUGAGGUCUUCUCUCCAGAGACGUUUAUGGUUAUCCUGGAUUUCGUGUACUCGGGCAUAUUGGCAUUAACUGGUCAGAAUGUGAUCGAGGUCAUGUCUGCUGCCAGCUAUCUGCAGAUGACGGAUAUUCUGAAUGUCUGUAAGACAUUCAUUAAGUCCUCCCUGGACAUUAAUGAGAAGGAGAAGGAUCGGUACCUCAGCCUUUCAGCCAAAAGCACGAACAACGACCCUGCCCGUCCCACCCUGUAUCGCUCAAGGAGGAAAGCGAAGAGCAACCCUCGGCGCUCCUACUCCCUCCCGGAUGAAAAGGCUGCUGCGGCGAAUGAGAACUCCUGGAGCAGCUACAGCAGCUGCCUGUCCUCGCAGGUGAUCCUGCAGCGGGCAGAAACGCAGCUCUCCAAGAGAGGCAGAAAGCCAGGCUCGGCGAGGAAGCGCCGCAAGCACCUCGGCCUGGCUCAGAGCCGUGACUUUGCGCAGUGUAAACCCACCAAGGCCGAGCGGGCUGGUGGCACUGGCAGCGCCUCGGACACCGGCCACAUCUCCCGUGUGAGAGACGAGGUUGAAUUUGAUGCUGAGAAUGAUGUUGACCAUGAUUAUGGGUAUCGUGAUGGAUCGGACGCGGGGCCGAAGAGGUGGUCUGUUGCUCAUCUGGAACAAGAGCUGUCAAGGACGCCCGAGUUCGUGGAGUUUAAGGCAGAGGAACUAUACACUUCAAUGCCCACGAUUUUAGGAGUAAUGAGUACUUGGAAUGAAGAUGACCUACCUCGGAUGCGGUUCAAAUGCCCGUUCUGCACACACACAGUGAAACGCCGCGCGGACCUGAAGCGGCACCUUCGGUGUCACACGGGGGAGCGUCCGUACCCUUGUGACGUGUGUGGGAAGAGGUUCACCCGACUGGAACAUUUACGGAACCACUUCCAAACGAUACAUCAAGCUGGCAAAUUGAUCUGCAGGAAAUGCAAGCGUCACGUAACCGAACUAACGGGAUGUGUGGUUCAGCAAGGAACAAGACGCUACAGACUGUGCCACAAGUGUCUGGCAGAAGCCAAUUUUGACAGCAUUCCCGAGGAUUUGGACGCAGAACAUUCCCCCAUCUCCUCCACGGGAAACAAACGUCCCAAAUGGGCUCUGGAGGAGGAACAGAAAUCGGAUGAAGGGACAGUGGAGGAGGAACCGUAUAAUUUGGUUGUUCGCCACGUUAAUGACGAUGUUCCAGGUGAGGUAGAUGAAAAGGUGAAACCAAAUCUUAGGUAGAUCUAUUUGUGUAUUUGUUAGCGUUGUAGUCAAGAUUAAAUUACUCGUGUCCUACCAACUAAUGCUGGGUUAUUACUUUCAUUAAAAUGAAAUAUUGCUCCAGUUCUGUUACGAGGAGCAAAAUA